UACACACUCGCUGUUCUUCUCCUCGGGUAGCCUUGCAAACCAUGGGUCUUGUUCACACCUGAACGUGCAUUUGUACUCGUGUUGGGGUUGACAAACCUGGUCUGCGCGCGCAAUGAUGGCCACCUUCCCAGGCCCGGAGGAUAACGGCAUGAUCCUCAUGGACACUACCUCGAGCUCAACGGAGAAAGACCGGACAAAAGACGAACCUCCUCCGGAGAAGGGACCGGACAAAUCCGACCCCACACAGAAACCCCCGUACUCCUAUGUGGCGUUAAUCGCGAUGGCGAUCCGCGAGAGCUCGGAAAAGCGUCUCACGCUGUCCGGUAUCUACCAGUACAUCAUCAGUAAGUUUCCUUUCUACGAGAAGAACAAGAAAGGAUGGCAGAACAGCAUCCGACACAACCUGUCUCUCAACGAGUGCUUUAUUAAAGUGCCUCGGGAGGGCGGUGGCGAACGGAAGGGGAACUACUGGACCCUGGACCCGGCGUGCGAGGACAUGUUCGAGAAGGGCAACUACCGGAGACGACGGCGCAUGAAGAGACCGUUCAGGCCUCCACCGACUCACUUCCAGCCGGGCAAGUCUCUGUUCGGCGGAGACGGGUACGGUUACCUCUCUCCGCCCAAGUACCUGCAGUCCGGGUUUAUCAAUAACUCAUGGUCUCCCGCGCCUAUGCCGUACACCUCCUGUCAGAUGAGCGGUGGGAGCGUGAGUCCCGUUAACGUGAAAGGCUUGACCGCGCCGUCCUCGUACAACCCGUACUCGCGCGUGCAGAGCAUAGGUCUCCAGGGCAUGGUGAACUCUUACAACGGCAUGAGCCACCAUCACCACCACCACCACCACACGCUCCCUCACGCGCAGCAGCUGAGUCCCGCGACGGCGGCGCCUCCUCCGGUGUCCGGCGGGAACGGGACGGGGCUUCAGUUCGCCUGCGCGCGCCAGCCCGCGGAACUCUCCAUGAUGCACUGCUCCUACUGGGACCACGAGAGCAAACACUCCGCACUGCACGCGCGAAUCGAUAUAUAGACCAAACACAGAUCAAUACUGCCCUCACAAAUAGACUUUAAAACAAGGUCCAGCGAUCUCAAAAAAACACAUUUCGUAAGUUGUGCGGGGACUUAACAUAACAUGGAGCCUCGAAUUAUGGAAGCACGGGUAUCCAAUCCUGCCCUGAUGCAAGGUUUCAUAUUUUUCUUCGCAGACAUUUGUGUUCUGAAUGUGUAUAUGUUUAUAAGAAGAUGGCCAGAUCAUCGAAGGUUUAUCAUCUUCGUGGAAUUACAAAUCAUGUUUACCUGAAUCCGUUCACAACAUUCUGUCAGUGACUUUGGAGUGAAGUAUUGGGUAUUCUGAACCCUAUUCCCAAUUCAUAUUUUUUAUUGUCUUUGCUUUUGAAUGUUUAAGGAUGCAGUGGAGCUCUGGACAGGUAACCCGAAGAGACACAAACACACAUGUAUACACCUGUGUUUUGGCCUCUUGAUUCCGUGAUUAAGGGUCUCGUAGGGGUCAGAGCACGUGACUGCCAGUUUGGACUGUUUUGUAUGUACUUUUAUUUGUAAUUAAAUAAUUUUAAUGUCUAUGACACAAUGGGACCAUGUUUAACUAGCACUUUUCAGUUUUUUUAAAUAGAUCUACUUUUUAUUCUUUAAUAAACUCUUUGUCAACAUGA